UCAAAAAUAUUUUUCUAAAUCAUUAGAGCGCUUGACUCGGAACAAAUUGAGCGUUUCUUAACACAGAAGAGAAAUUUGCAAAUUAUCAACGAUUUUAUCACAUAUUUUUGUGAAUUAUGAACAACAAAUUUGAAGCUUUAAAGGCUGAAGACAGCAGUGGAUCUGGUGAAGAGGAAAAUGAAAACAAACAAGAACCAGAAUCACCACCAAGACCCCCUCCAAAGCCAGGCCCAGGAGAGCACCCAUUACAGUAUAACUAUGGUUUUUGGUACUCCAGAAAAUCUCAGGGACAUAAAACAGCGAGUUAUGACCAGAAUUUAAAGCUAAUAGGGACGUUUGCGUCUGUGGAGCAAUUCUGGCGACAUUAUUGCCACAUAGCUCGGCCCAGUGAUCUCACAGGACACACAGAUUAUCAUUUAUUCAAAGAAGGAAUCAGGCCAAUGUGGGAGGACAGUGCAAAUAAGAAUGGUGGAAAGUGGAUCAUUCGUUUAAAGAAAGGUUUAGCAUCGAGAUGUUGGGAGAAUUUGAUACUUGCCAUGCUAGGAGAGCAGUUUAUGGUUGGUGAAGAGAUUUGUGGAGCAGUUAUAUCUAUAAGAUAUGCAGAGGAUAUAUUGUCUCUAUGGAACAGAACGGCAAAUGAUCACACAACUACAUCAAGAAUACGAGACACAUUAAAGCGUGUGCUGAAUCUACCACCUAAUACAAUCAUGGAAUAUAAAACCCACAAUGACAGUAUGAAAGACAAUUCCAGUUUCAGAAAUACAGAUGUCUUCAUGAGAUAACGUUUGUCUUGGUGCAAGUUCUAAGAGAAGAUUCAGAAAUAAUUCCAGCCGUGAUGACAUUUUUUCAAAACAAACAAAAAAAGCUGUUUUUUAGCCAUUUUUUUAAAAAGGGGAAUUAAAAAGUAGAGGUCUUGUUACAGUUAUGUUGGCAUUGAUUUAGCUACAAGUGGCUAUAACUUGUAAUUUUUGAAUGGAUUGUCUUCUUUAGACUUGAAAAUAAUAAUCUUUUAGGAUAGAACUUUAAGUUAAAUAGACAUACCUUGACUUUAACUCAUAAUUGACCUUGUUGUUGAAGGUCAAAGUAUUGAAAUUUUCUUUUUUUGCUAAACUGGCUUUAAUUUGUUAUUUUGUAAUGGAUAUUUUAUAACAUAACAUUCUUUAGGAUAUGACCUUUAUGUAUAUCAUAACAUAACAUUCUUGAGGAUAUGACCUUUAUGUAUAUCAAACUCAAACUGACCUAGGCUCUUUUAUGACCUUGAAGGUUAAAUUAAUGAAAUUUUACUUUUUGCAAUAGUUGACUGUAACUGGGGAAUUAAUAAAUAGAUUAUCUUAAUACUUUAGAAAAAUAUUUGGGACAAGUCCUUCCGAAAUGUGAUCUGACCUUGAGCUUUAAAUCUUGACAGUCAAGGUCAAAUUAAUGAAUUCUCUUGUUUUUUUCUGUGACUGUCUUAUUACUCUGUUAUUUAUGAAUGGAGUAACUUGAUAUUAAGACACAACAUCUUUUAGGUCAGGACCUUCAUGUAUAUCAAAUUCAAAUUGACCUCGACUCAAAUAUGACCUUGACCUUGAAGAUCAGUUUUAAUUUUAUUUUCACUGAGUAUCACUAUAAUAGGCUGUAACUUUGGAAUUAAUCACUGGAUUAUUUGCAUACAUGGACAAUACAACCUUUUUGACAAGAUAUUCUACAAUUUUAACUGACCUUGACUGUGACCAAACAGACAUGCCAAAUAAUUGAGAUAUAACCUUGAUCUUUAAAUGACCUUGACCGUCAAAUGAAAAUACUUGAACAAAACAAUAAGUGUGACUAGACAGGAAAAAAAUUUUUCUUUAAUUUUCUUUUUAAGAUUUGUGUAAAAGAUUUAAUUGUUUGGUUUUAGAAAAAGUAAUGUUCGAGCGUUGCCCCCACCCGGCGGUGGCUCUUAUUUAAUUUUACUUAUCAGUCAAAUGGAAAUGCCAAAUUUAAAAUAAUUGCCUGGUUUAAUUCUAGUAGAUUGUAUAGAGAACAUUGUUUAACCUUUUCCCUGCCUUGACCGGAAGUGAUUAGCAUUGGCCACCAAAAGUAAGGCCAGGCCUAUCUGGACUUCUGUGCAGUCUGACCAGACUCAAUACUGUUGGCUGAGUAACCUUAAUUUUUCAAGAUGAUGUGACUAAAGCUAAUAAUGGACAGUUCCAGAAAUGGAAGCUGUAUAAGAUCACUUGUAAAUGCAGCAGGUAGUGUUUAGAAAGCUUAGCAUAAGUCACUAGUAUUCUGUUGAAAAAGUAU